GAGUUCGUAUCUACAUUCGAACUGUUCAGUUGUGAAAUGUCAGAUGUAAUGGUGACUGACUGGUGCAGGAUGACUUCAGUGGGGAGGACGACGGCUGGGAUGGAGACCCCGGUGAAUCCAGCCUGGACGCGGAGCUGCUGGAAGCCUUGCGGCAGUGCAUGGACCUCUACAGCUCCCCGCGGUCCGGCGGGGGCAGCACCGACGGCGUGAGCGGCGCCAGCGCCAGCGGUAGCGUCAACGGCGUCAACGGCGUCAACAGCACGGGGGAGGCCUCUCGGGGGAGGCGGACGCAGGUCCAGUGCCAGCAGCACGCGCGGCGGGAGGCUGUCGACGGCAGGGUCCGCAGGGCCGCGGGGAGGCCGUGGAGCGCCUCGAGGCACGCCUCCCCCGCCGGCUCCAGGACCGCGACCCCGGGCACCUGGGUGACGUACUACGGCCUCCACCAGCCCGUCGGCACGCCUCGGAGCCGCAAGGACCACCGGGACGGGCAGGACCGACAGGGAGACGUUGCUGCGUGCGCCCUCCACUGCGCCUUCGCCAACACUCGGCUGGUGUCAGAGGCGGGUUUCCUGGACGAGGCGCGUGUCGUCAAGCGCCUGGAGGACAGCGUGCCGGAGCUGCGGCCCCGGGUGGCGGCCAUGCGCGACGCCCACAACUGCUUCGCCCGUCUCGGCUCUGCCUCCGAUGUGGACGACGACCCGUGUUUCUAUACUAUGAAGUUUGCAAAGUGUAUGGAUAUGGGCAUCUUAAAAGAAUUCAACAAGAUAAAAUAUGACAUCAAUUUGUAAAAAAAUAUCUUGUAAUACAACAGUUAUUAUUGCAUCUUA